AUGGAAGCUAGUGAGUUAGAAUGCUGUUUGACAGUGGAAAACCUCAAUUCCAAUGGUGUGGUCACGAAACGGCCAACCUUCAAGAGUAUUACAGUUGUCUUGGGUCGAGAUGAAUUUCGCGACAUCGUCAGUAGUCAAUCUCCGUUGGGAAAGACUUUUCUUUUGAAGGAAUUAACCAUUCACAAACGGUUUUUACAAGAAGGGAAGGCUACCAUCAAACCUCUAACACAGAAGAUUCAAAUAAUGUUUCGAAAUUGUCCACCGAAUCAGCUCGCGACGUUUUUAACAUGUCUGUCAUUGAAACUUGCUCAAAGUAAACAAAAUGGAAUUGCAAGUAACAGAAGACGGCUUCUCAGUGAUAAAGUGCGGUCGUUUGAAAACAUAAGCCCUCUUACAGAUAAGGAUUUCACAGUGGGCUGCAAGAAAAGACCUCUGCAAGAUAAGAACGGUGUGACACCGAAGCUAUUUAAAACUACAGGUAAAGAAAGCGAUUCGAAUUGUGGAGACGACGAACACAGUGGACCGGCAAGAAGACGUCUCAGCUCUUUUCAAAUGAAUCUUAUACCUGAACAAAUGGCAGUGAUAAACGCCAUAAGAGCUGGAAAGAGUGUGUUUUUUACUGGUAGUGCAAGAACUGGCAAGUCAUAUCUCUUGAAACGUUUGAUAACAAUGUUACCACCACAGAGUAUCUUUAUA